CGGGAAACGCCAGCGUCGGUCGAGCUCACUUGCAGGGCCGCCGUAGGGGAAUCGAGAGCUCUCAAUUCCACCCCUCCUCUUAAGCGAAGUUCCCGCCCCUGCAGAAGAGGCGGUGCCCUGGGAUCGGCUAUAGCCCUCCGCUAGAGUGCAGGAGGCGGGACGGUCCAUUGUUGUCUGAGGGUGGGGGUGGGCGUGGCGCUGCCACCACCUCCGGGAGUGCUCCUGGGCCGACCUUGUUCGCACGUCCUGCUGGAGCUGCGGCGCCAAGAUGAGCGCAGAGGAGAACCCGGCCAGCAAGCCCACACCGGUGCAGGACGUGCAGGGCGACGGGCGCUGGAUGUCCCUGCACCAUCGGUUUGUGGCGGACAGCAAAGAUAAGGAACCCGAAGUCGUCUUCAUCGGGGACUCCUUGGUCCAGCUAAUGCACCAGUGCGAGAUCUGGCGAGAGCUCUUCUCUCCCCUGCACGCACUUAACUUUGGCAUUGGUGGUGACAGCACGCAGCACGUGUUGUGGAGGCUGGAGAACGGGGAGCUUGAACACAUCCGGCCCAAGAUUGUGGUGGUCUGGGUGGGCACCAACAACCACGGGCACACGGCAGAGCAGGUGACUGGCGGCAUCAAGGCCAUCGUGCAACUGGUGAACCAGCGGCAGCCCCAGGCUCGGGUUGUGGUGCUGGGCCUGCUCCCACGGGGCCAGCACCCCAACCCGCUUCGGGAGAAGAACCAACGGGUGAAUGAGCUGGUGCGGGCAGCAUUGGCUGACCACCCACGGGCCCACUUCCUGGAUGCCGACCCUGGUUUUGUGCACUCGGACGGCACCAUAAGCCACCAUGACAUGUAUGAUUACCUGCAUCUGAGCCGCCUCGGCUACACACCGGUCUGUCGGGUCCUUCACUCUUUGCUUCUACGUCUGCUGGCCCAAGACCAGGGCCAGGGCGUCCCCAUGCUGGAGCCCACACUCUAAACCACCUGCUUCCCACACAUUAAAUCCUCACUCCUCAGA